UUCUCGACGCUUUCCAUUUCCUCGUUGUGGAGUACACGGUACACGUACGUUCCCGUUAACGCGCGCGGCGUAGUCGUACCCUGCGAAUCGUACAUAUAUAUUUGCAACCGCUGCACCUUCUUACACUUUCUGCAGCCGAAAUAUCGGAGGUGCAAAAGGUGCACUGGAAUAAAGCGCGAAAAUAAGAUACCGCGUCGUGCGGCGUGGAAAGGUCCAGACCGAUUCGGUUGGGAUUGAAGCGAAGAAAAGUGUACGCUCGCCGACCGUGGUCGGGUCGGGAGCGAGCGCGCGAGCCUUAGGAUUACUGCACAGUCAACGAUUUCUCGGCGGCGCGGCGGCGUCUCCUCAACAAAGAUGAAAGGCUGGUUUAAUCGCAACGAGGAGGGCAAGGUGAUAAUAGACAGUAACGGGUUUGUUACGAUCACAUGCGAAGAGGAGAACGUGGUUUUUCAACUUCAUAUAUCAGAGAUCGACGAAAAAGCAGAGCAAAUGUGUUUCAACGUUAAUGGUAAAGAUAUAUACAUCGAUGUUGUUCCAUGGGAGAUGGCUGAGAAUGAUUCCGAAGGUGAGAAAACAGUAGAGAAGGAUUCCAAAGAGGACAAGUUCAAUACGCCGACAACGAGUAAAGGUGGGAACACAAUUUUUCCUUGGUGCGACGCCUCGACCAAGAUCUUCCUGAAGGAGUACAAAGAGAAGAAGGAAUUGGUGAGGAAUCGAAAGCUGAAAAACAUGAAGAAGGCAUAUCAGGAAAUAGCCAUGAAUUUAGCAGACAAUGGCUUUAAUGUAUCACCUCUGCAAGUAGAAAACAGAUAUAAGACACUUAAACGUGCUUACAAAAACAUGAUGAUACACAACAGGAGGAAUGGAAGGGGAAAAUACAUUUGCAGUUAUGAACAGGACCUGGAUGAAAUCUUUUCAAACGAUUUGUAUGACACAGACAUAAAUGGUGACGAAGAUCAAAAAACAGGAUCCGUUGAAAAGGCGACACAGAAAGGAAACAAUUUGCUCAGUGGUUCUGACAUGAAUAAUGCCACUCUUCAACAUAAUGCUAGAUUAGAAGCACAGAACGUGAAGAUAAUUGAAAAUCUGCAAAGCUGUCAACGUUUAUUGAGAAAUUUAAUUACCAAAAUGGAUAGCAAAAGUAAAAAUUCCAAUUACAUGCAAAAUGGAGUCUUGCAAGUAUGUAUGGAGAUGCGGGAUAUGCAGAAGGAGGCUUACGCACGUGUAGAGGAACAGAGGCAAAAGGCUCAGGAACAAAGAGAGACGAGGAAUAAUUUACUGGACGAGAUAGUGACGAUUCUUAAGGCUAGGAAGGACACGUAAUAUAAUCAACGUCAACGGAGUGCAAAAUCUUGUUUGCACCCUCAAUAGUUCAUAAAAUAACAGAAUUUAUUUAUUCUAUUAACACAAAAAGCGAUAACUUUCCUGUUGCGUAUUUUUAUAAUUUCAUCACGUGACUAAUAUUCUUUAACACGUUGCCUGCCCAGUGAGAUCUGUUUUCUACAAGUAACAGUAGAAUUUUCAUGAUAAUGAAAUAAAAACAUGACAAAAUAUGACAUUGUCUAGUGAUAACAUAAAUGCUUACAAAAAGAUGUAUUAUAGAACUAAUAUGUUGAAAAUAUAUUUUUUGUUUGAUAUUGUUAUGAAACUUAUAUCACUUGAGAUUUUAUAUUAAAUGGCUUUUUAUAUUUUAUAAGAGUUAAAAAUUUUAUUGCUAGUGAUCGUCGAAGCAUCACUGGAAAUUUACAUAUUAGUCGCAGAGAGGACAGACUAUCAUUAACAGACAUUACUGUUACCAUGGCAGUCAACGUGUUAAUUUAUCUAAUAAAAAAUAGAUAAAAAUGUUCAUAUUGAUAUAUGUAUGUACAUAUUGAAAAAUGAAUACCAAAUAAAAUGUUCACCAUUUAUGGUAA